AUGCUUGCUCUGCAGAUGUGGACUCUCCUCGCUCUGGCGCUCCUCCUCCUCACAUCUGUGCAAGGUAACGGGGUGCAGAUGCAGAGGGACGUGCAGUGCUGCAUGCUCUACUCCCAGGGCAAGGUGCGGACCAAAGACGUGCUGCGGUUCGAGGUGCAGACGGAGGGGCCAGACUGCAGCAUACAAGCCAUCAUUCUCUAUACCAAGAAAGCAGUGAAAUGUGCUGAUCCCAGAGACCGCAAAGUGAAGAGGCUGCUCAGAAAACUGAUGCUGAGACAGAGGACCAAAGCCCAUCGAACCAUGUGGCUCCUGCCCCAUGACAACCUGCCAGUCAUGACAGAGGAAAAGAAACACAACUGGGCUGGUCUCAAUGUGGAGUGA